AUGUAUUUUUUGUUAACCGCUGAGUUCAAUUUGACAAAUAACAAAAACAACAAAAACAAUGAAAUCAAAUCAAAAAUCAAAUCAGAAACAGAUCAAAAUAGUCAAUUAAAGAGAGACAGAGAAAGAGAAUCAUACACAGAAAAAGAAGCCUACCAUAUGUCCAUCCCCUUGCAAAUUGAAUUGAAUGAUGGCUUCCAAAACCAGACGCUAGAGAGAGUAUUGGAAGACAUCUUGGUACGUUUUGUUGUCAAUGCACCACCAGAAGAUUUAGCUACAAAUUCAAGAGUUUUCUUUCUUUUCGAAGAAGCUCAUUGGUUUUACUUGGAUUAUAUAAGGACCAUAAAUCCAUAUUUACCUGCUUUAAAUUUAAAGAAUUUUGCCAAAAAAUUGAUUGAAUUGUUUCCAUUGAUUUGGAAAGGUGGUGAUCCAGAUGCUGCUUUAAAAGAAUUUGUUAAUUAUAAAAAUACUAUCCCUGUGAGAGGUGCUGCUUUAUUUAAUGAAAAUUUAUCAAAUGUGUUAUUGGUCCAGGGGACAGAAUCUCCAACUUGGUCUUUCCCAAGAGGUAAAAUCUCUAAAGAUGAAGAUGAUGUUACAUGUGCUAUAAGAGAAGUUAAAGAAGAAAUUGGUUUUGAUAUUGGUCCUUUUAUUGAUGAAAAUGAUUAUAUUGAAAGAACUAUAAAAGCUAAAAAUUAUAAAAUUUAUCUUGUUAAAAAUAUACCUCAAGAUUUUAAAUUCCAACCAAUUGUUAGAAAUGAAAUUGCUAAAAUUGAAUGGAAAGAUUUUAAAAAAACUUCCAAGAUCAUCAAGAAUAAUCCAGGUAAAUAUUUUCUUGUUAGUAGUAUGAUUAAACCAAUAAAUGAUUGGAUUAAAAAGAAUAGAGGUGAGGUUAAUGAAAAAUUAUUGAAAAAACAAGUUGAAACUCAAUUGAAAUAUCUGUUGGGUAUUGGUCAAACUGAAAAAGCUAAAGUGGAUCCAGGUAGAGAAUUAUUAGAAUUUAUUCGUAAAUCAACUGCUGAAAAACAAUUAAAAGAUGAACAAAAUCAAAAUGAAAAUUUAACUGCUGCAAAUUUACAACAACAUCAAUAUCAACAACAACAAUUCUUACAACAACAACAAUUACAAAAUCCUUUACCAAAUUAUGGAUUCCAACCACCAAGUUUCCAAAACUUACCUUUCAUUGCACCUUUCGCACCACCACCACCUGGAUUAUUUAAGUCAUUAAUUCCACCUCCACAUUUCCCAAUGGCUGUACCUCCACCUUUCCCAUUACCACAAUAUCCACCAAUUCCAAUCUUACCACCAAAUCAACAAUUCCCUCAACAUAAUUUAAAUCAUCAACAACAAAAUGCUCCAAAUCCUUCAGAAUUAUCUAUACCAUCUCAAGGUAUUCGUCAAAGAAAUGAACAACAAAGUAAAGAAUUAUUAUCAAUUUUAAAUAGUGGUGGUUCAAAACAAAAUAAUGCAAAAGAAUUGUUAAAUUUAUUUCAUAAAAAGAAAACUGGAACUGGUGAAACGCCUAAAAAGAUAUCAAUUUUAAACAAAAAUAAUGAUAAUAAUACUGAAGUUAAAGAUUAUUCACAAAAUUUAUUAGCUUUAUUAAAUAAAAAGGAAAAAUCUCCAGAGAAGAAAGCUGAAUUAGAAGAAAAAAUUAAUAAAUUAGAAAAGGUUGAUAAACAAGAACAAUUAACUCCUUCAAAACCAAAGAUUAAACUGUUGAAAAGAGAAGAAAAAUUAGAAGAAGUUAUUACACCUUUGAAUACUUCAAAUGAAAAACCUUCAAUUAAUCAACCAUCACAAAUUCAAUUAGAACAAGAAAUAGAAUCAAAGCAAGAACCAAAACAACAAUUUGAAUCAAAACCUCGUGGUGAAAGUUUUGUAUCAUCAGCGGAAAGUGAAGAUUUUUAUCAAUCUGCACCACCAAGUAAAGAAUUAUUAGAAUUAAUUCAAAAAUCUAAAAAAAAUAAUAAUUCUGAAGAUUUUGAAAUUUUUGAAGAAACUGAUGAAGAAGAAUAUGAAUUUGAAUCAACAAAUGAAGAACAAGAUCAAGAUCAAGAUUCAAUUUCAAAUAAAUCAAUUAAAGAUUUUGAAGAAACAAAUGAAAAUUUUGAUCCUUCAGAUUUCCAAAAAAUUGAUUCUGAAUAUAAAGAUGAUUUUGAUGAUGAAUUAGAUCAAAUUGAAAAUUCUCAAACUGUUAAUGAUUUUAUACCACAAUUUUCUUCAUCUUUAUCAAAUACUAAAAAUACAAAUGUUUCUAAAAAGCAAAAUCAUCAUGGUUCAAAUUUUAAUCAGCCUCAAACUUCAGCUAUUAGUGAAUCUUCUCCUGCUCCUCCAAAGAAAUUUAAACUGUUGAAAAGAGGUGAAGAAUUACCAUCAGUUAAAAAAGAAGAAGAAAAAGAAGAAGAAAAAGUUCCUGAAUCUAAAGAAGCUGAAGAAUUAGAACCAGAAAAGGAAGCUGAGACUACAAGUGAACCUGUUUCAUCAAAUGUUGAAGAAUUUGAGGAAUCUGAACAAACAAAAGAACCUGAGCAAGAACCAGAGUCACAGCAAGAACAUAAUGAACAUGUAAUUGAAGAUAAUGCAAGUGGUACUUCAACAAUUCAAUUUUCAGAUGAUGAAGAUGAUGAAGAUGAUAAUUAUGAAGAUUCAAGAGCUGAUAUUGAAACUCCACAACAAGAACAAGAACAAGAUGCCAAACCAUUUGAAACUGAACCAAAAUCAGGAUCUGAAACUCCUGUUGCCUCACAACCAGUUAACACUCAAGCUACAAAUAGUUUAUUAAGUUUAUUACAAGGUUCUAAAUCAAAUUCACCAAUACCUGAGAGAACUACCGUCUCUAAUGAUUCUGAAAAUCAAUUGGAUGUUCCAAUUACAGAAUCUAAUCAUUCUUCAAGUUCAAAAUUUACAACUCCAACUAAUGAUUUACCUGAAAAUUUGAAUAUUGAAACUCCUCAAAAGGAUAAUGCUUCUAAAAAUUUAUUAGAUUUAUUAAAAGGUACAAAACAAAAUUCGCAAGAGUUUAUUCCACAACAACAACCUGAACAACAACAACAACCUGUUCUUAGCCCAUCUCAAGGUAAUACUUCAACUUCAUCUGGUGGUGCUGAAUUACUAAACAUCUUACAUGGUAAUAAAUCAUCAGAAGUUUCACAAUCUCAACCAACUUCACCUCCAAUAAGUAAUUCAUCUGGUGGUGCUGAAUUAUUGAAUAUUUUACAUGGUAAUAAACAACCAGAAAAUUUAACUCCAAAACCUGAAUUUAAUAAAAAUUUAGAUGGUUCAGAUUUAUUAAAUAUUUUACAUAAGAAUAAAUCUCCAGAAUCACAACAAUCUCAACCUUUAUUUACACAAUCACAACAAUAUCAACAACAAUAUCAACAGCCACAAUUUCAAACACCACCACAACAACAGUUUCAACCUCAACCUCAACCAUCAUCAUCAUCAGGUGGUGCAGAAUUAUUAGGUCUAUUACAUAAAAAUAAAUCACCUGAACCUUCAAAUCCAACUUUCCAACAUGAUAGAUCUUCAUCAGGUACACCAGCUAAUGAUCUAUUAAAUUUAUUACAUAAAAAUCCAACUCCAGAAGUUCAACAACAACAAGAACAACCUAAGCAAGAACCUGAACAAUCAUCAUCAUCAAAAGGUGCAUCAUUUCUGGAAUUUUUAAUGAGAAAAUGA